AUGAACCAAAACAAAUGCGUACGGUGUCGUCCCCUCCAGUCAGCGUUUGCGGGUACGGUGGAGGAGGUGACUGCGGUAUCAGCCGUGCGAAAGACCGCGGUAGAGGAGAAGUGGGAUGGCCUCAUAGAGACGGACGUAUCGCUCUCUGUCGCCGAGGUGGGUGAGACGGCAGUUGCGGUAUCCUCCUCCGGGUUUAAAAAUAAAUCGGCCGUGGCUAACGAUAUUUUCGUCGCUUACACAGCCUACGCCUUUACAGAACACAAUAUCCCUCUCCGUUUAGCUUGUUUUUCCUCGUGGUUUUCGAUGGUCGCUGCGGCCACAGCAGCUGGCCGCUACCGUUUUUCUCGGAGGUAUUUCAUAGCAUUUUUGUGA